UGCUCCUUCAAUGGAUAGCUCGCCUUCCAUUACCAUUGUCUCUCCAAAACACGAGCUACCCACCAACCACUCUAUCAUGGAGGAAGUGAAGCGUAAUCGGCCCCGGCCCCACAAAUUAUCCUCAGCUGCCAUUGCAUUGCCCUCGAACUUCCAAAAGUUAGUUGCAGAGCUGGUAGGCACUUACGUUCUCAUCUUUGCGGGGUGUGGAGCUGCUCUUGUGAACCAGAUACAGAGCCUCACGAUCGUGGGAAUCGGACUGGUCUGGGGACUAGUUCUGAUGGUCAUGAUAUAUGCAGUCGGGCACAUCUCGGGCGGCCAUUUUAAUCCUGCUGUCACCAUCUCAUUAGCCGCUUCCCGGCAACUCUCAUGGAAACUCACGCCAAUGUAUAUUUUGUGUCAGUUCCUCGGUGCAAUGGGGGCGAGCCUCACCCUGAGAGCGCUGUUUCAUGGCCCGGACAGCAACAUCAAGGCAAUGGCAACUCAGUACAAGGAUACGACUACUGAUCUCGAAGCCAUCGCAUGGGAAUUCAUAAUCACCUUCUUUUUGGUGUUCACUAUCUGCGGGGUCGCUACUGAUCCCCGAGCUAGUAAAGGCUCGUCCGGAGCUGCAAUUGGUGGCACCGUGAUGUUCAACGUUAUGAUUGCCGGGCCGAUAACUGGAGCUUCGAUGAACCCUGCAAGGAGUGUCGGCCCUGCUAUCGUCUCUGGAGAGUACAAGAAUCUUUGGGUCUUCAUGGUGUCCCCUGUUGUCGGCGGUUUGGCAGCAGCGUUGGUAUACGGCAUCCUCCGAGAGCCACAAACCGAGAGAGACGACGAGACUACCAACCAGUGUUAUCAGAACCGGACCGGAUGAUGAACCGGAAGGGGUACGGGGUCAU